UUGCAGCCGCCAGCGCCGGGCGGGCGGGCCGGGCCGGGGAGCGGAGCGGAGCGGGGCGAGGCGAGGCGAGGUGGGGCGAGGCGAGGCGAGGCCAUGGCGGGGCUGCGCUGAAGGCGCAAUCUGUGCAGCGCCCUCCCCGCCCCGCCCCCGCCCCCCGGCAUCCGGCAGCAGCGGCUGCGGCGGCGGCGGCGCCGCAGACAAAGAGCGAGGCCGGGCCGGGCCGCGCCGCGCCGCGCCGGGAUGGCGGACCGCAGCCUGGACAGCGUGUCGCUGCCGCUGGAGGUGCGCGCCCGCCUGGCCGAGCUGGAGCUGGAGCUGUCCGAAGAUCAAAGCAAGCAAGAAGUGUUAUCAGCUCCUGGAAUCCUGAUAUCAUGUGACAUCACACAGAAGGGAUAUGAAAAGAAAAGAUCAAAAUUAAUUGGGGCCUACCUGCCACAACCUCCAGCAGCGAAUGGAGCUGCCGCGGUACGGUGUAGACUGCAACACAGUGAAGGGGCUGCCAGAAGAAUGCUCCGCACUGCCAACAUUGGGGUCUGUGACAUCCGAGAAGCAGCAGCUAGAGAACGAGCAGCCAGCACAGCGGGAAACCGGCCUCUCUUUUAUUUUCGUUUUGGGGUGGAUCAGGCAUUGCCACAAGAACGUCGAACUCCCGUUACCCCUUCCUCUUCCUCACGAUAUCACCGCCGCAGGUCCUCAGGGUCACGGGAUGAACGCUAUAGAUCAGAUGUGCAUACAGAAGCAGUUCAGGCAGCUCUUGCUAAACAUAAAGAAAGGAAGAUGGCAGUCCCCAUGCCAUCAAAACGACGUUCAUUGGUGGUGCAAACGUCCAUGGAUGCCUACACACCUCCAGAUACCUCUUCUGGCUCAGAAGAUGAAGGCUCUGUACAGGGCGAUUCCCAGGGAACUCCCACCUCAAGCCAAGGGAGUAUAAACAUGGAACAUUGGAUCAGUCAAGCGAUCCAUGGCUCGACCACAUCCACUACUUCCUCUUCCUCAACACAAAGUGGAGGCAGUGGUGCUGCGCACAGGCUAGCUGAUGUUAUGGCUCAAACGCAUAUAGAAAAUCAUUCUGCCCCUCCAGAUGUUACCACUUACACCUCAGAGCACUCAAUACAAGUAGAAAGACCACAAGGAUCCACAGCACGGGUGGCACCAAAGUAUGGCAAUGCUGAACUUAUGGAAACUGGUGAUGGAGUACCAGUGAGCAGCAGAGUGUCAGCAAAGAUUCAACAGCUGGUCAAUACCCUAAAACGGCCUAAACGACCACCAUUACGAGAGUUCUUUGUAGAUGACUUUGAGGAAUUGUUAGAAGUUCAACAGCCAGAUCCAAAUCAACCAAAGCCAGAGGGAGCUCAGAUGUUGGCUAUGCGUGGGGAACAAUUGGGUGUAGUUACAAAUUGGCCGCCAUCUCUAGAAGCAGCAUUGCAGCGAUGGGGGACCAUUUCGCCAAAAGCUCCUUGCCUAACCACUAUGGACACAAAUGGGAAACCACUGUACAUUCUCACUUAUGGCAAACUUUGGACCAGGAGUAUGAAGGUUGCUUACAAUAUACUGCAUAAAUUAGGCACAAAACAAGAACCGAUGGUGCGACCUGGAGACAGGGUAGCACUCGUAUUUCCUAACAAUGAUCCUGCUGCUUUCAUGGUAGCAUUUUAUGGCUGCCUAUUGGCGGAGGUUGUCCCUGUCCCUAUUGAAGUGCCACUUACUAGAAAGGAUGCAGGUAGUCAACAAAUAGGUUUCUUGCUUGGAAGCUGUGGAGUUACUGUGGCCUUGACUAGUGAUGCAUGCCAUAAAGGACUGCCUAAAAGCCCUACAGGGGAGAUACCACAGUUUAAAGGCUGGCCAAAGCUGCUUUGGUUUGUAACAGAAUCUAAACAUCUUUCUAAACCACCUCGUGACUGGUUCCCACAUAUCAAGGAUGCAAACAAUGACACAGCGUACAUUGAGUACAAAACCUGCAAAGAUGGAAGUGUGCUUGGGGUGACUGUAACACGAAUUGCACUGCUGACCCACUGUCAAGCUCUUACGCAGGCAUGUGGAUAUACAGAAGCUGAAACAAUUGUGAAUGUAUUAGAUUUCAAGAAGGAUGUUGGCUUAUGGCAUGGAAUUCUUACUAGUGUCAUGAACAUGAUGCAUGUUAUAAGUAUUCCAUAUUCCUUAAUGAAAGUGAAUCCACUUUCCUGGAUACAGAAAGUCUGCCAGUACAAAGCAAAAGUCGCUUGUGUAAAAUCCAGGGACAUGCACUGGGCAUUAGUGGCACAUCGAGAUCAAAGAGAUAUCAACCUCUCCUCACUACGUAUGCUAAUAGUGGCUGAUGGCGCAAAUCCUUGGUCAAUUUCUUCCUGUGAUGCAUUUCUCAAUGUCUUCCAAAGUAAAGGCCUAAGACAGGAGGUCAUUUGUCCAUGUGCUAGUUCACCAGAAGCUCUCACUGUGGCUAUUCGAAGGCCAACAGAUGACAGCAAUCAGCCCCCUGGCAGAGGAGUAUUGUCCAUGCAUGGUCUUACCUACGGAGUAAUUCGAGUGGAUUCUGAAGAAAAGCUUUCUGUUUUAACUGUGCAAGACGUUGGCUUGGUGAUGCCAGGAGCCAUAAUGUGUUCAGUGAAGCCAGACGGAAUUCCUCAACUCUGUAAAACAGAUGAAAUAGGGGAACUUUGUGUAUGUGCAAUUGCAACAGGUACAUCAUAUUAUGGACUCUCAGGCAUGACCAAAAACACUUUUGAGGUGUUUCCUAUGACCAGUUCAGGAGCUCCUAUAAGUGAAUACCCUUUUAUAAGGACUGGAUUACUAGGAUUUAUAGGACCAGGUGGGCUUGUUUUCGUUAUCGGCAAAAUGGAUGGUCUGAUGGUCGUCAGUGGAAGAAGACACAAUGCUGAUGACAUUGUAGCAACUGCACUCGCAGUGGAACCAAUGAAAUUUGUCUACAGGGGAAGAAUAGCAGUGUUUUCAGUGAGUGUACUCCAUGAUGAGAGGAUAGUUAUUGUUGCUGAACAAAGGCCAGAUUCUACAGAGGAAGACAGUUUUCAGUGGAUGAGUAGAGUUCUCCAGGCUAUUGACAGUAUUCAUCAAGUGGGGGUUUAUUGUUUAGCCCUAGUACCAGCAAACACGCUCCCAAAGACCCCACUAGGAGGAAUACACUUAUCAGAAACCAAACAGCUCUUUUUGGAAGGCUCCUUGCAUCCCUGCAAUGUGUUGAUGUGUCCCCACACCUGUGUAACAAACCUACCAAAACCAAGACAAAAACAGCCAGAAAUUGGUCCUGCCUCUGUGAUGGUGGGGAACCUGGUCUCUGGAAAAAGAAUUGCUCAGGCUAGUGGCAGAGAUCUGGGUCAAAUAGAAGACAACGAUCAGGCCAGAAAGUUCCUCUUCCUCUCAGAAGUUUUACAGUGGAGAGCUCAAACCACGCCUGACCAUGUACUUUACACGCUGCUUAACUGUAGGGGAACAAUAGCGAACUCUCUAACAUGUGUCCAGCUACAUAAGCGAGCUGAGAAGAUAGCUGUCAUGUUGAUGGAAAGAGGACACUUGCAAGAUGGAGACCACGUGGCUUUGGUUUACCCACCAGGGAUAGACCUGAUUGCAGCAUUUUAUGGUUGCCUGUAUGCAGGCUGUGUGCCAAUAACAGUUCGACCUCCACAUCCACAAAACAUUGCAACAACAUUACCUACGGUGAAGAUGAUUGUGGAGGUGAGUCGUUCAGCCUGUUUAAUGACUACACAAUUAAUAUGUAAAUUAUUACGGUCACGAGAGGCAGCAGCAGCAGUGGAUAUCAGAACGUGGCCUCCUGUACUAGAUACAGAUGACUUGCCAAAGAAGCGGCCUGCUCAAAUCUACAAACCUUCUAACCCUGAUACACUGGCUUAUCUUGACUUCAGUGUAUCCACAACUGGAAUGCUGGCAGGAGUAAAGAUGUCUCAUGCAGCCACUAGUGCCUUUUGUCGUUCUAUUAAGCUGCAGUGUGAGCUUUAUCCUUCCAGAGAAGUUGCUAUCUGUUUGGACCCUUACUGUGGACUUGGGUUUGUCCUCUGGUGCCUCUGCAGCGUUUAUUCAGGACACCAGUCAAUUUUGAUUCCUCCUUCAGAAUUGGAGACCAAUCCUGCUCUGUGGCUUCUAGCUGUGAGUCAGUACAAAGUCAGAGACACAUUUUGUUCUUAUUCGGUCAUGGAGCUUUGCACUAAGGGCCUUGGUUCACAAACAGAAUCGCUGAAGGCAAGGGGAUUGGACCUGUCACGUGUGCGGACAUGUGUAGUAGUUGCAGAGGAACGACCUCGAAUAGCUCUCACUCAGUCUUUUUCAAAAUUAUUUAAAGACCUGGGUCUCCAUCCACGGGCUGUUAGCACAUCAUUUGGCUGUAGAGUUAACCUGGCUAUAUGUUUGCAGCCUCACAGGCUGGGGAAGCUGGCCGAGCAGGGGACAUCUGGACCAGAUCCAACUACUGUGUAUGUAGAUAUGAGGGCACUGAGACAUGACAGAGUUCGUUUAGUAGAAAGAGGAUCUCCUCAUAGUUUGCCCUUAAUGGAAUCAGGAAAAAUCCUCCCUGGAGUUCGUAUCAUUAUUGCUAAUCCAGAAACAAAGGGACCCUUAGGAGACUCUCAUCUUGGUGAGAUAUGGGUUCACAGUGCCCAUAAUGCCAGUGGGUAUUUUACCAUAUAUGGAGAUGAGUCUCUGCAGUCAGAUCACUUUAAUUCAAGACUCAGUUUUGGCGACACACAAACUGUUUGGGCUCGGACUGGCUAUUUGGGGUUUCUGAGAAGAACAGAACUGACUGAUGCAAAUGGAGAGCGGCAUGAUGCACUUUAUGUUGUGGGUGCAUUGGAUGAAGCCAUGGAAUUGCGAGGGAUGAGGUAUCAUCCCAUUGACAUUGAGACCUCAGUAAUUAGAGCACACAAGAGCAUCACGGAAUGUGCGGUGUUUACCUGGACAAAUUUAUUGGUUGUCGUAGUUGAGCUGGAUGGAUCAGAGCAAGAAGCCUUGGACCUGGUUCCAUUAGUAACCAAUGUGGUCCUGGAAGAACACUAUCUAAUUGUAGGGGUGGUGGUGGUGGUGGACAUUGGUGUAAUUCCUAUCAACUCCCGUGGAGAGAAACAACGUAUGCACCUACGAGAUGGAUUCUUGGCAGACCAGCUAGAUCCCAUCUAUGUGGCCUACAACAUGUAGUCUUGUAUCUUAAGGCUUCCAUGGACUUGACUAUAGAUGUAUAAAAUUUUUUGGUGUCCACUAAAAAAUGUGCAGAUAAGAGGGUGACACUCAUCAGAAUGGAACUGUUACUAUUAUGACUUUUCAAAGCAGUCAUGAUUGGCAGGAAAUAAAAUGUGAAAUGUUUUCUUUUACCACUAAAUUUUAGCACAGAAGGACUAUGGGGUACUGCCCUUCAGUUGGUUGGAAAAGCCCAUUUUAGAUUUUUUUUUGCUUAUUGGAUGAUACUGCUUUCUGAGUAAAUGUGGCUUUGUAUUUUACGUUAAGUAAGCUGAAGUAGCUAAUUUUUUUAUUCUGCCCUCCAAGUGGAUUCUUUUUAACAAUUUACAUACUAUGACAAAGAAUUGUUUUGUUCACUUGUCUUUAAUGUGUCAUAAAAAGCUGAAAAACACAGAUCCGUUACUAAUUUAAGCCAUUUUAGAUCCCACGUCUUAGAAAACUACAUAGAGGUACGAGGAAACUACCCAAAAUAGCACCUUCCAAUUAGAGGUUUAGCAGCUUUCUCUGUCAGAGAGGCAGAAAGCACAAAGGCUAAAGAGCCUUUGAUGUUAGUGUUAGAAUGGAAGAAAUUUAUAAAUAAGGUGUAUUUCGGCAAAGAACUUGCAAAUAUCUUUGUACUAAACUAAAAAGAUAAAAUAAGUUAACUACUUCUUCUGUAAUUAUGUACAAAACGUUUAAUUUAUUUUGAUCUCUUUAGAAGUAUAAAAGAGAAAAAACAUUCAAGAAUAUUAAACUCUUGUAAUGUUUGCUAAUAUAAAAACAAAGUGUUGUAUUAUCUUGAGUGGAUAGUAUCACAUCAAAUAUAUAUAUAUGAAAUAUAAAUUCACUAAUGACAAAAGAUUUUAAAGUUUAAAAUGCAGUACUUGUCACUUGCAUGGUGUCUCCCACUGUAGAUAAUCAAAUGUUACUCACAAAUUUUUUGAGAGAAAGCAAUCCUGGAUUGCUAAGUAUCCCUGUCUAAAAAGUCCUCUAGAUACCAGCAAGUGGAAUUAUUGCUGCCUUUAAGGCAGUGUGAUGAAUUUAAGACUAAAAAUGCACUACAACAGUUUUUUUUUUCUUUGCCAUGGAGGCAACAAUAAAUAUUUGUGCUGGCAUGUGCAUACACUUGUUAGACUUUAGAAAAGGCAGGUUGAAGAAUAGCACUGUUUUCUAGCUGCAUAACUUUGUUGCACAAUUUUUUUCAUCAUUUCAGUUGAUGUUUUUGUUGUGAUAAGGAAAAGUUUUGGUGGUUAUUUGCACAGAGUUAUCAAUAUGCCUCUCAGCUGGUCCAUGUAGGUUGGUGGCCAACCCAUCCAGUUUACACUUGUAGAAAACUAUUGUUUUGGACUUUAAUUUUCUCCCUACUGGAAUAUAGCCUGUAGUCACUCCGACGGAUUUGGCACAAAUUGUGUAUCUGCUAACGAGUCCCCAAGUGAACUAACAGAGGAACUGAACUGCCUGUUUUAAGGAAUCAUGACCCAUAGUCUCAGAUCUGCGGCCACUGACAGUGAAGAGUAGGAAAACAUGAAUCACAGCUGCCUUUAUUUUACCUCCUUUGAAUAAAAGAGACCUUCACUUUCCAGUUCCAUUGUUUUUUUUUUUCUUCCUUCCUUUGUAGCCUUCAUAGUUUCUUCAUUCCUUUGUAACCAAGUUGACCUGUGUGUGAUCAAGAGUGGGAUUUAUCAGCAGCAGUCCAAGAAUGCUUUUCUUAUUGUCCAGAAUAUGUUCAUGUGCUGGCUCUCAUUACGGGAUAUGCAUGACCAAGAUUGUUGCAGGACAAAUGCAGUCAUUUUUAUAACGUGUCUAAGGGACAUAUUUUGUCUGCCUUUGCAGAAUACGUACGGCAACGGAGCCCUGGUAGUGAUAGUUUUGUUUGGCUUCUCAGAAUCAGUGCUGGUUGUUUGAAAUCUUUUUAAAAGGUAGGGAUAUUUUAGUCUGCAUGUACAAUACAGAGCACCUUACCAUGUCAGACUUGCUUUAUUUCAGACCGCCCUUUCAGAGUUCACUGUCCUGUGAAUAUUUCUACUCAUGCUCUAAAGAUCAAUCCUCUAUUCCAUCAGACUCAUUUUCUGCUCCCUAAAAAGAAUAAAAACCUGUUCUUAAUGGCAAGUUGUUGUAAGGCUUCAGACCAAAUGCUGAUUGAUUACAAACAUAAUUGCAGUGUGUGAACUAACUUGUGAAGUCCUGCUAUUGCUGAUCUCAGUACUGCAAAACAAAUUUAGCUGUCAUUUAAAGCAUCACUUUAACCUUCACCAAGCCAACUUUCCAUUCAUAGAGGGAAAAGAACUGCAAUGCAGUUGUGGAACGCAGUUAAUAACAGAUCUCUUCUGCAACCUGUCAUCUGUGGUUGUUAACUUCUGAGUUAAGAGAAAUGAUAAACUGAGCUUCUAGUUUUAUUGUGCAAGCAAAAGGAAGGAAACACUUAAGUACCAUCAGACUGAGCAAUAAAGAAGGAUUGUUCUGUAUUAGAAAUUGUACUGUAGAUAAACCAUUCAUAAGAAUGUAUAAAAUGUUUGUCUUGUGACCUUGUGCUUUUGAAGUCAGACAAAACCAUGUAAUCAACUUGAUGCACAUGCACAGAAAGAGGGUACACAAUGAACAUUUAAACACAAAACUAAUCAAACAGGAGCAGAUUCCUCAUGGUGCUUGUUUAUUAUAUAUAUUUAAUCCUGCUUGACACUUUACCCAAGGGAAGACUGUCCCUUUUAUCAGUUGAAUGUUAGCAGCGUUAUUUCAUAGAGUGUGGUGACUGGUUAGAGAAAUUCAUGUAACUCAGCCAAUCACAGUUUCAAACAAAAAUUUUUAUGUGCAAAGGACAGCAACCUUCUUGUAUGUUAAACCACCAGUACGCUUUGUACAUCUGUGAUAACGCCUGUUUUAUAUUCAAAUGAACAAAUAAAAGCUUUUAUUUUUGUUGCUCUGAAAA